AUGAAGAACAUUGUGACUUCAUUGGACUUUUUACUGUCUGCAUCGUUAUGCUCUUCUCAACUCGUUUUCGCUGUUGUCAAGACAAUAGCAAAAGCGAUGGAUACACGUGUAGGUCCAGCUAACGACUGCUCAUUUGACGACUUUAUGUGCGCAUUUUGGUUUCUCGCUUUCUGUGGAUGUAUAACAAGGAGACGUUAUAUUAUUGUAUUCACAACGAUGGCUAUGUUUUACACAUUUGUACUUGCUUUUAAAUGGUCAACUGCAGCUUCAUACAGCUACUUCACUAAUACACCUCUGUCAUGUACCAGAGAAGUCCGUCAAACUUAUCCAAGAUGGUGCCAGAAUGCGGACAUAAUGUUCCUUGCAGCCAGCAUUGUUGCCAUUAUAAUCUCGCUUGCUGCCUCAAUGCUAUCCGCAGUACGCCUCUGGUCGGAUGAGGAUGAUUUUGAAGAAGAGUAUGAAGCGGAAGAUUCCUUACUGGGAGAAACAAGAAGGCCCAGAGGGACGAAGAUCAGCGCUUUCAGAUACUCAAUCGAUCGCUAA